AAGAUUCCACACAAAUCAAAACAGAGAAAACCCGGCCAAAGCCAAUGCUCCAAAUACAGUCCAAGUGAUCCCAACUCAUAGUAAUGCCACGUUUCCAUGCAGGCUUUUUCUAUCCAAUUCUGUGAGAAUUGAAAUCUUCCUCCGCUCUUAACGGGCUUCUCACUUGACAGAACAUUCCCCACGGCAAGAGCAGGCCAGAAGAUAAGGCAAAAACUGGGCAAGUGUCGAGAGAGAGAGGGAGAGAAUCUACAGGCAUAGAAAUGACGGAGCUUUCAGAGACCUACGCGUGCGUCCCCUCCGCGGAACGAGGCCGAGGGAUCCUGAUCUCCGGCGACCCUAAGUCCAACUCCAUCCUCUACUGCAAUGGCAGAUCCGUCAUCAUCCGCUACCUUGACCGCCCUCUCGAAGUCUCCGUCUACGGUGAGCAUGCCUACCAGGCCACAGUCGCUCGCUUCUCCCCCAACGGCGAGUGGAUCGCAUCCGCCGACGUGUCUGGGACCGUCAGGAUCUGGGGGACCCACAACGACCACGUUCUCAAAAAGGAAUUCAGGGUCUUGUCUGGCCGGAUCGAUGAUCUGCAAUGGUCACCCGACGGGAUGAGGAUCGUGGCAUCCGGUGAUGGGAAGGGCAAGUCAUUGGUUCGUGCGUUCAUGUGGGAUUCAGGCACUAAUGUAGGAGAGUUUGAUGGACAUUCAAAAAGAGUUUUGAGUUGUGCAUUUAAGCCAACAAGACCAUUUCGAAUUGUGACGUGUGGAGAGGACUUUUUGGUGAAUUUCUAUGAAGGACCACCAUUUAAAUUCAAGCAAUCUCAGAGGUAUCAUUCAAAUUUUGUUAACUGUGCAAGGUUUUCUCCAGAUGGCAGCAAGUUCAUCACUGUGAGCUCUGAUAAGAAAGGUAUAAUCUAUGAUGGAAAGAGUGGAGAGAAGAUUGGAGAGCUGUCAUCGGAAGAUGGCCAUAAAGGCAGCAUUUAUGCUGUUAGUUGGAGUCUGGAUGGUCGGCAGGUGCUGACUGUGUCUGCUGACAAGUCUGCAAAAGUUUGGGAGAUCUCUGAGGAGGGUAAUGGAAAGGUGAAGAAAACCUUGGCUUGUCCUGGCUCUGGUGGAGUGGAUGACAUGCUUGUUGGGUGUCUUUGGCAAAAUGAUGAUCUUGUCACUGUUUCUCUUGGCGGAACAAUUAAUUUAUUCUCAGCCAGUGAUCUUGAUAAACCCCCACUAUCAUUGUCUGGACACAUGAAGAAUGUUACUUCAUUGGCUGUGCUUAAAAACAAUCCAAAAGUUAUAUUGUCCAGCAGUUAUGAUGGUUUGAUAGUUAAAUGGACUCAAGGUACUGGAUAUGGUGGUAGAUUGGAGAGGAAAGAGAAUACUCAGAUCAAAUGUUUUGCUGCCGUUGAAGAAGAGAUUGUUACAUCUGGAUUUGACAAUAAGGUAUGGAGAAUUCCACUACAAGAGGAUCAAUGUGGGGAGGCAAAUUCCAUUGAUAUUGGCAGCCAACCAAAGGACUUGAGCCUUGCCCUUCUUUCUCCCGAACUGGCUUUGGUUUCAACUGAUACAGGAGUUGUCAUGCUUCGAGGUUCAAAAGUAGUCUCAACCAUUAACCUUGGGUUUGCUGUGACAGCAUCAACAAUUGCAGCAGAUGGAAGUGAAGCCAUUAUAGGCGGCCAGGAUGGUAAACUUCACAUAUAUUCAGUUUCAGGCGAUACACUUACAGAAGAAGCAGCCCUUGAGAAACAUCGUGGUGCUAUUACUGUUAUACGGUAUUCUCCCGACCUUUCUAUGUUUGCUUCAGGGGAUGUCAAUCGAGAGGCUGUUGUUUGGAACCGUGUCUCCAGAGAGGUUAAGGUGAAGAACAUGUUAUACCACACUGCUCGUAUAAACUGCCUAGCUUGGUCUCCUGAUAACAGCAUGGUUGGUACUGGAUCACUUGACACGUGUGUAAUCAUAUAUGACAUAAGCAAGCCAGCCUCUGCCCGUGUAACAAUAAAGGGAGCUCACUUGGGUGGGGUUUAUGGUCUAGCUUUUACCGAUGAGUACAGCAUUGUCAGUUCUGGUGAGGAUGCUUGUAUUCGUGUUUGGAAGCUGAUGCCACAACAAUGAACAUGAAUGAAGGCCAUCCUUAGGAUAUUAAGGUCAAGAAUAAGUUUGGUAAACGUGUCAAGUUUUAUUGGGUUUUCUUUAUGGUGACUUUGGUUUGCUCGGCAGUGGAAAAAGAAAAUGGAAACUAUAAGGAAAUUUUGAUCAAUUAGGAACUAGAUUGGUAUGAUGGAGACUGGGAUAGUUUGUACUGAAUGUUGGGAUAUUUUGCAUGCAUCCAUGAUCAGGCAACAGUUUCUCAGCUGGGGAGCUUGGGAACGGUGAUAUCAUCUUGUGUCACUGGUGAUGAGAGGACUAUCUUUUAUUGUUGAUGUCUGUUAUGAUGAAGGCACCUAUGUAGAUUUGUUCUGUUCUGUAUGUCAAACAAAAACAAACUAUUUUGCAAAUAUUACUUCGGGUGUGUAUGUUGAUCUGCAGAGUUGAAGCAUUGAGGCAGUUUCAUUGGAAAUGGAGGAGUAUUUUUGGCCAUAGAAAUCACCAAGUUGGGUUCAUGGGAAUUAUUCAAUUUUUUCCUCUUGCAUUUUGCUAAUGAAAUUCCAUCACAUGUACUUCAUCAAGUGGUUUGCAGUCUUUUUUCCCUCUCGGCAAUGGUCGUAUAUGCGGCUGUUGUUAGGCUUCUGUUUGUGAUAAGUGUGCUUCAGUGAGCGAAUUAUAUGUAUUUUCUGUAAGCGAGUUGUUGAUAUAUUUUGGUUGGGAUUGGUGGUGUUAAGAUAUAAUAUAAUAUAUUUUUAAUUACUUGUUUCA